AAUACCAAGACUUUCUGAAAACAUUGCUUCUAGUUUAGGAUGCCUCUAGCACUCCUGUAAUAAAUUCAGCAAUAGAGAAGAGAGAAGAACAUAUUCUGCAUAAGGUAGGACUUUUUCUAGUACUUUGGCUUUUCUUCUUCCUUUAGGAAAAAAAUAAUCACUGACAAACAUUAAGGGGAUUAAUAACUUUUCCCACUUUACCUUCUAUCCAACCUGGGCAAGACCAAGUUUUGUUUCAGAGAUCAGUAAGAGAAUCUCAUUGAAAAAAAAGGACUGAACCUAUAAAGCACCAUUUCUGCAGCUGUUGGCGUGAGCAGUGCCUUGGUCAUCAUUUCACUGAACACACUCAAAAGGCCUACGCAUCGUUUUGAGUGGGCACAGCUGCUCCUGGUUGUCUUCCUUAUCUAGGGGCAGGUUGUUGGACCAAACGCCACACAGAGACAGGUAGGAAUGUCCAGGGAUGAGGGAGGCCAUGAGAUGCAGCACUUUGCACACUCCAGCUCAUGGCCAUUUCCCCAGACCCUAUCAACAGUAAGGCUGACCAAUCUCAUUGAUCUCCGACAGCUUUUGCAGGACAGUGUUUUUCAAUUUGUUUCUUGUUUUUUGAUGAGGCCUCCAUAGUGCUGUUUCCUUCUGCCCAUGCCACUGUCCCUGCAACAGCCAGUCCUUUGGGCUGCCAGAGUGCCUAAAAUGGUGAUCAGAUAUUUAACAUGAAAUUCAGGAUCAGGAGACAGGGCCUUCUCUUUUCCAUGCCAGAGACACUAAACCAGAAAAUCCUAAAACUGUUUGCUUUUAGCAAAUGCCAUGGGAUGCCACCACGCCCUGCUACUCAGCAGCAUCUGGACCCCUAACUGAAUGGAAAGGCUGGAGGGCACCGGUGCAGGAGGCAGCGGGCAGGUCUGGGAGAAAGUGCCAGCUCAGCUCUCCUCUGCCCAUGACACAGGAGUAUCCACUGCAGAGGUUUCUCUGGGACAGGCCGGCCAGCGGGAUAGGGUUGCACUGCUGCCCAUUAGCAUAUUAGGCUGUUACCACUCUGAUGCUGCCUGUGAUAAGUGUCCCCAAAGAACCUAUAAAUAAGUAACUAAGCAGCCUGUCUUAUGUGUCUUAAUUAUUUGUGGGGCAAGAGGACAGGAAAAUUUUGAAGGUGGUCUUGCCUCCUCUACAGGUCCAACUAGUCUGUCCUCCAGACACUGAAAACCAUGAAGCAGCAUAAACCAGCUUCCAUAACCAGCAGCACAUUGAGGCAUAUCCCAGUCAUUAAAAAGAGUGGAAACCAACGUCUCCAGGGGAAGAGAGGGGUGAGGGAGAUAAAGCACGUUAGGCCAUUUUGCAGGAUCCGUGACGAGCCCAAGUAUCUGCCGUAUCAUAUGGCAUAGCUCACAGUGCUGGGAAGUGAAUUCUGCUGGCAUGGGGUUCCCCUGCGCAUGGGGACUACCUGUCUGGAUACUCCCAAUGGAAUUAGAAUUGACUGUAGUUGAUAUAGAGUCAUAUCAACUACAGUUGAUAGAUGACAUAGUUUCAUUGAUAGAUGACAUAGCUUAAGAACAGCAGGAUGCAACUUGGGAAAAGACAGUAAGGAAAAAUUAGGGAUGAUGACUUAGCCUGUUGAGAAUGGCGGUCAUGCUCCCAAACAUGAGAAGUCUCUUACUUAGGCCUCCUUCCUUGAGGGGAAACCAUGGUGUUUCCCAAACACUAGGAUAAGGCAGACUCACCAUUUUCUGUGGUGGUCUCAGAAUUCAGUGUCAUUGUACCACUGCCCUGGCACAAAAUGCAUUUUAGAUUUACAUGGUCACGAUGGUCAUUUGCAGGUGACGUCUCCUUGGAAGAACUGCAGAUGCCCUAAAUAGGUGCCAUAGCUGUUUGUUCAUUUUCUGCUGCUGGCUGGUGAAUAUGGAUCAAACACUCAACCCAUGCAACAGGUCUUGCACCAAAAGCGCACACUUCUGUGGAGAUAAUAAGAUGCUUAUAGACCCUCUGGUGUUGAAGAAGAAGCUCAAUAGGAUGGCAACAGAGCAAGGAGCCUUUGCUGUUCUCAGCAGCCUGCUGCAAUACGUCACCGAGCUUGCAGCCGGCGAUCCGCAAAUCAGCAACAAGAGGACGAAAUGGGCAGAAGGUAAAGAAAACCAGGUGAGGUCUAACCAGCCAUGUCCAGAUCCAGUCAGGGUUCAGUAUCCAACCAGAUUUCAGCUCUUGCGGUCCAGGUUUCUAAACAGCAAUCGCGAGCCGUACACCAAGAAGAGAAGAGAAGUCGGCAAACUGGUCAUUAAAGAGAAGAUGUGGGUGAGCAGGGCUGGUAACAAGCUGGACAGAAGUAGAGACAGGAAGGGAGAUGGAAAAGCAGUGGACGAGGAUGCAGACACAGCACCCAGCGAGAGGGCAAGGUGGACUAGUGUGACUGGAAAAAACACAGUCAAGGAUAUCCUGAAGAAAUUUUUAGCUGCUGAAGAAAAAGAAGCCAAGGAGAAGUCUCCCAGCUGGAAAAAGAAGGGAGCAAACAGCAGUUUGCCAAAAAUAGUCAACAAGAAUUCAGUCUUGUCCAAAUUGAAGGAGAAGUUUGAACAAAGCACUUUCUGCUCAGCUGCAGAGGUGAAAGCAUCGCUCUUGCGCAAAGGUGAGAGAAAGACUAAAAACUUCCCCAGCAGAAAAGCUAUUCAUAAACCUGAGGUCAGAGUGCUGCGCAUGGCAGCAAUGACAGCAACAGGUAUAAAGAGUCCAGAGUCCCAAAAUUUAGUGUGCUCCAUGGCUCCAGUGCCUAGAUUCAGCAUGGCUACCAAAAUUAACCAUCCAUGGAGCUGGUCGAAAAAUAAUGCCACAAAGCAGCCUUUUGGUCAUGGCACACUACUGAAGGAAAAGGAGGGAUCCAACAGAGACCACAGAGAGAACAAAACCCUGGUAAAUGCAGCACAGGUCAGGGAGGACAAAGAAGAGUUACUGGAGGCACCAGAAGCCAUGUCAGAUGCAAAGGACUGUGCUGAGGGUAAAAUAGAUUCCACAAAACAGGGACCCAACUUUCAUCCUCUUCUAAAUAACUCUUCAACUACUCAUAAAAACAAAGCUCUUGCAGACUGCAUCCCCCCCUUACCUGAAUGUGGUCUAGAGUGUGACAGGACUAACAUGCCAGCUGGGCCUGACACAUCUUCACUAUUGGGAAUUACCAAUGCUCUGCAACAUGUUAAGGAAGACAGACCACCUUCUGACUCACCUGACUCUAGCGCAGCUGAAGGAUCCCAUGAACAAAGUCCUCAGGAUACUAAACAAGGAGAGAUUCCUGAAAUAUCUCUGUAUGUAUAUGGUUCAGAUGAAGAUGACAUAGAGCUCACAGAGCCAGAAAAAGAUCCUUUCUUUGCAGGCCAAGAAUGUGUACCAGAGCAGAAAGCACUGGAAAACAUACUGCCACUUUACUCUCCAAAAUUUUCAGCAUCUUGUGAAGGUGAGCCUUCAAUGGAUGAUCAACAGCUAACGGUCCUAAUAUCAGCUUCUGGCACAAAGCCACCAAUAGAGGCACUGGAUUUAAGAGGCAAAUAUUCUAAGGAAGCCAAAAAAGAAGCAGCAUUUCACAGUGAAGACAUCAUGUCUUCUACUUCAAGCAAAAAUGAUAGUGAUGUCCCAAAUAUAGAGGAGGAGGAAAAUAAGACACCCAACAGCCAAAUGCAAAAUGAAUUAAAAACCAUGCAGCCUCAGCCUCCUCAAAUGAAUUUUAGCUCACAAAAUAACUUUAAUGUUUCCAGUGGGGACAUGCAAGUACUAGACACAAAUCAGAACAAACCUACACUCUCCUCAAAUGAGAGCCUGGAGCCAAAGCCUGGUGCUGCAGCAGAAGAGGACACCUCUUCUCCUUUGGAAAAGACACAAAGCCCUUUGCCAGGUAACCUUGUGAAGCACAGUUCCUUUAUUUCAGAAGAAGAUUUUGGGAAGGACAAAUUAUCUUCAUCAAAUGAAGGGAUGAAUCAUGCAAACAAUCAAGCCCUGCAAAGGAGUUCCUUAACUGACCUGGAGACCUGCCACAAGCCAUCUGAAUCUGUCAUUGAGCAUGAAGAGGACACUGCAGAUGAGAUGCCCUGGCCUGACUCUGAGGCAUGGCAGUCACUCUUGUCAACCCCUUUACCAAUAUCGAUGAGCGGGAUUGCAGGACAAAGUAUCCAUCGCACUCUUGGAAAUCCUCCUGCACUUCCACCUCUUGACCUGGUGGGACAGGGAGCUGGUGCUGUGGAACAUGAGCAUGACAGCCAUGGCUGUGAGAAGCAUCCACACCCCUCUUCAGAUGAGUUGACAAAUGGUGGGAAUGACACAAUGGGGGAGAAGAAAACCAUGUGUGAUUUUAAGAACCAAGCACUAUUCCCAGAUCAUGCAACGGAAAAUGAAAACUCUACAGACAAAGAGACAAACACAUGUCAGAGACUUGAGAACUGUCUUUCACAUUCAACCACAAAGCCAGGAAAACAUGAAAAUAAAACCACACUAGCAGGAAAUCCCCUAUUACCCUUGGAGAAGAGCCAAACACCAAUAUUGGAUGAUACCAAAACGCAAGGAUGUGGUAUGCUAGAAGAGAACCCGAUACCUUCAUCAACUGAAUUGGUCUCAGACCAAAAGAAGGAUGGAAAAAGUAGAAAUAAAAUAUCUGAACACACAAGGGAUAAGCUCUUUUCCUCAGAUGAUGACACGAAGCAUGAAAUUGAUAGCAUGGAGACAGAGGAGAAAAAAGAGAGAAAUGCCUUGCAUAAAUUUGAGCAGGAACAAGUAUUCACACCAAAUGACACUAUGGACCAUGAUAAUAACUCUUCAGAGAAUGAUGCUCAUAGUCUUCAAACAUCCCAGUUACCUUCAUCAGAGCAUGAUACCAACAUUCAAGGAGUGAAAAAUACUGGAGAGGGUUUGGAGAAUCUAGCAUCUCCAAGAGAUUUUAUGGAACACAAACAGGAUGUGACAGGAGAUGAAAACAUCUAUUACAAUAAUAGGAAAAACCACCUGGACCCAUCAGAUGAGCCAAUGAAACAUACAAAUGACAGUGAAGGGCUACAAAAUGUCAAGUCAGACUUCAAAAAUUAUUCAAUGCCACCAAGACAUACAACAAGUCAGGACAAUAAGAUGGCUGAUGAGGACAAUACCUCUCUAGAGACACAGAAACAGAUGUCACCAGGUGACCUUGUAAAGCCUGAAACUAAGCCAGACAAAAAAGAGACUAAACAUAUCUAUGAGAAGUUCCAGUCACCUUCUUCAAACAAAGUGCCAAAUUGUCAAGACAGAAGUUCUUCAGGAGAGAGGAAGCAAAAGACACCAGCAGCAGAAGACACUGGAUCACCUGAAACAGAGGUAGUAAAAGAGGAUAUUGAGCAGCAGUUUCCUGGGAAGCACCAGCUACCUCCACCAAGAAAAUCAGAAAUGCAUGAGGAAAAUAAUCCAGGAGACAAACAGCAAAAGAGAUUUGAAGAUUUCCUGACACCUGAUACAAAUACUGCCAAAGAGAAGGAUGAACUUCCAAGUUCCAGGAAGUGUCCAUCAGUACCACCAGAAGCGUUGGUUAAGCCUCAAGAAAAAAUUACUCCAGAACAAAAGCAAACAACAUCAGAAUCUUCAGGUUUUAGGAAGCCUGGUACUAAUUCUGUAAAAGAAAAGGAUGAAGAUCCAAAUUCUGAGAAGCUGCCUUCUUCAAACAAAGUGCUGAAGCCUCAAGAAAAAAGUGCUUCAGGAGAGAGGAAUCAAAAGACAGCAGCAGGAGAGGACAGCAGGCUGCCUGAAGAAAAGGUUAUAAAAGAGAAAGAGAAAGAUAAAUACCAAACUUCUGGUAACCACCCGUUACCUCCUUCAAGUAAAUUAUUGAAACCUGAGAAAAAUAUUCCAGGAGGAGAAAAACCAGAAACUGUAUCUGAAAGUUUUACAAAGCCUGAUGCAAAUGCUGUAAAAGAUAAAAGCAAAGAUCCAGCUUCUGGGAUGUGCCAGUCCUCACACUCAAAUUUGCCCAUGAAGUCUCAAGAAAAUAAUGCCACAGUUAAAAAGGAGCAUUUGCCACCACCACAUGAUGAAAAACCAAUGUAUAAAACUGGUAGUCCAGAAAAGAAGAGAGAACCUGAGAGAAGAGAGAAAUACCAGCUAGGCUCUUCAGCUCAGUCAGAGAGGCGCAGCAAUGAUGGCUCAGGAGAGGAGGGCCCUGUGGGUGAUUUCAGAAGCUAUCAAGCUCCAUCACCAAGCAGUGGCAUAAACUGUAAAAGCAGCGAUGUCCCAAAAGAGACCAGUUUGUCUAAAACAGAGAAAUCCCCCAAAUCAUUCUCAUCAUUACAUGUUGCAUCAAAAGAUGAGGUAAAUCCUGCUGGAAACAGAGAAAAGCAGCCAGGAUUUAAGAAGUACAAAGCGCUCUCGUCAAAGACUUUGGUGAGGCAUGAGAAAGAUGCUGCUGAAAGGGAGGGGAGUGGACAGGCAGCUGGAAAAACGAGUGAGAAAAAGGCAAAGCUGGAGGACUGCUCUAAAGCAACGCCAUUUUCAAAAUAUACAGUGGAAAGCUACAGUGAAGGAUCCUUGGAUUCAGCUUUCAAACCAUUGAUCAUUAGAGUAACUGACACAUUUAAACAUCACAGCUAAAAAUUACGGCUACAGCUUAGGCAAGAACUUACAACAGAUCAUGCUACCAAUUCACUUGAUCUUUCUUUUCUCCUUUUUUCUCCAGGGCAUUAUAUUAUCAUUUUUUAAUCACAAGGACAUUGAUGUACAUCUAUCAGAGCUAGGGUUUUUUUCUUUCUUAAACAUUAGCCUGAAGACAUGAAUUAAAUUAAUCACUGCAAGUGAAUUAGCUAAUCACUGAAUUAAUCAUCAGUUUAUAAAUUAAAUAUGAGAAGGGCUUUGAGAUCAGCGUGAAUUCAGCCCUGCUUCAAAUUCUCCUUGCUAACUAAUGGGCUUUGUUUGUAACAAAGACAACUGUUCAGGCUGAACUCUAUUUGUAUUUACUUGUCCUAAUGAAACUCUGCUAGUACUUCUUCCAGGAAUAGUGGUAGGCAGUGUAGCUUUAAUUAUGUCAAAAAGCACUUGUUCUAAGCUCUGCCUUUUCACAGAUUAGCAGGAACUGUUGAUCUAGUGCUGCACUGAGUGACACUCUUAGCAGAUGUAGUCAGGGAAGGAGGGGAAUGCUUCAUUUAUCUUCAGAAAAAUCCUCAAAGGACAUUGAUGUUACAAGGGGAUUUACUGCAGAUGCAAAUAGUCAGCCUCAUUAAUAUUAAUAUUGGAAAAAUUGUGAUUUAACCUCCUCUGAAGCUAUUUGCACUUUGGCCAUACACACUGUAUGCAUUAUUGUUGUAAAGGUACACCAUUUCAAGGGGUUCUUAAUUACUGCAAAUGAAUAUGCAACAAGUGUAAGAGCUCAAAAAAGCUCAACGCUGAAAGGCCAUGAAGACAAGGUAAGCCAGAGGGGCUCAACACUUUGACAUAGCAAUUCAGCUUUUCCUGGGACAUCUGUCCCACUCUAAAUGCUGGGGCACGCAGACAUGAGGCAGGUGCCUCAGCUCACAUUUAAAGUCUUAGGAAGUUUUUAUUUUACAAUGCAAUGUGAAUCAGAGCAGUAAAAAGCAGCCAGUGUCACUGAAUCCCAAAAACGGGGUAAAUUUUUGUGUUUACAAUAAUAGCAUCUUCUGCAAAAGGUUUGUGUGUGAUGAAGGUUGUUUUGGAGAAGUGAGGGCAGGGUUGCUGCCUGGAGUGUCUCAGUAAAGCUGUGACAGACAGAACGUCUCACAGCGUUCCCAUACAGUUUAGCUUAGCAUUGUAACUGCAUAUUCAUAUUAAAACUUACUGUGGAGGAACCCCAAAGGCAUAUCCUAAGGACUGAACUUCAGCAGGACAGAGGGUUCAUACAAACAGGGCCCUGCUUCCUUGUGGCAGUGAAUUGCCUUCCAUUUUUAUGAUGCUCUCCGUGACCACACUCUGCAGCCGAGGGCUGGCUGUUCCUUAAGCACAGGUUGGCAGAAUGCCCCACCUGCUGCCAUCAAGAGACUGAGGGCAAGAACAGGCUGGCAGCAAGCUGAGAUCAAACCCAUUUGCCAGCACAAUAUACAUGAGUCACAUACAUGACAACUGGGCUGGCCCAGUUGGGGACAUUGCUGGUAGGAGGUGGGAAUGUGAACACUGUGUCUCCUGACUGCUGAAGAGGCUUAAACUUUGACUUCUUUUUCCUUCCCAGUUUGCCAGGAAUUAGGCUUUCUGGCAUGUAGCGGGUCACAAAAUGAAAAUUUUAUUUAUGCAUCACACCAGUCCUCAAAAACUAAAAUAGAUUUUAUUGGAAAUACAACACUGCCCUUACACACACAGUUUACUUCGCCCACCAAACUUUCAUAAGCUGGCAACCAUAAAGGCCACUUUAUACUAAACCAAAAGCAUAAUUUACUUUUUAUUGUCCAUUAUUUCAUUUCACAUUUCAGAAAAGUCCUUAAAGCAUAGAGCAUUUGCACUAGACUUGAAGAAUAAAUUCUCUAUUAGCUGGCUUCUUCUGCCUGUACAGGAAAAUCACAGGAUCGUAGAAUUGUUGUGGUUGGGAAAGAUUUCUAAGACUGUUGUGUCCACCCAUUACCCAGCACUGCCAAGUCCACCACUAAACCAUGUCCCUAAGCAUCACAUCCACAUAUUUUUUUAACACUUCCAGGGAUGGUGGCUCCACUAUUUCUCUGGGCAGCCUGUGCCAAUGCUGACACUCAUUUGAGUGAAGAAAGUUUUCCUAAUAUCCAAUCUAAACCUCCCCCAGCACAACUUGAGACCACUCGAGUUUUGAGUGGACUUGUCUAUUGCUUGUUACCCGGGAGAAGAGACCAACACAAACCUCACUGCAACCUCCUUCCAAGUAGUUGUAUUUCCUUUCAAGUAGUUGGAGAGAGUGAUGAGGUCCCUCCUCAGUUUCCUUUUCUCCAGGCUAAACACCCACAGCAGGUCCUCAUCAGACUUGUGCUCCAGACCCUUCACCAGCUCCACUGCUGUUCUCUGGACAUGCUUCAGCCCCACAAUGUCCUUCUUGCAUCAAGAAGCUCAAAACUGAACACAGGAUUUGAGGUGUGGUCUCACUAGGGCUGAGUACAAGGUGACAAUCACUUCCCUUAUCCUGCUUGCCACACUAUUGCUGAUACAGACCCAGAUGCCAUUGGCCUUCUUGGCCACCUGGGCACACACUGGCUCAUGUUGACCCCUAAGUCCUUUUCUUCCAAGCAGAUUUCCAGCCUCUCUGUCCUCAUCCAGAUCAUUGAUAAAGGACUGGACCCAGUACUGAGUCCUGAGGAACAUCACAGGUGACCAGACAACGGAUGGAUGCAACUCCAUUCACCCUCACCCUCUGGGCCUGGCCAUCCAUCUGGUUUUUUAUCCAGCAAACAGUUCACCCUUCCCAGCCACGAGCAGCCAGUUCCUCCAGGUCAAUGCUGUGGAGCACUGCAUCAAAGGCUUUUCUAAGGUCUAGUUAGACAACAUACUCAGCCUGUCCCUUAUCCACUAGACAGGUCACCUUCUCAUAGAGAGAGUUUUAAUUAAUCUAAUUAGAAUUUAAUUAUUCUAAUUAGAAGCCAUCUCAAUUAUUCUUUUGCUAACAUUUUAAAAGAAAUUGGGGGGGAUGUUGCCCCUUAUUCACACCUAGAAAUAUCACUACUCUGUAACAAAUUGAAGGAGUUCUUGUCUCUGCCAGAAAGUCAGACAAAUAUUAAAUAGGUGCUUCCCAGCAGAGCUUGUCCUUGGGCACCAGGAAGCCCGUAGGUCUUUCAUUUUACACCUGCCUUGUUUGCUUUUCUCAACAGAGAUGCAAUACUAGCAGACUAAGAUGCAGCAUCCUGUGUUCAGGGUAAGCCAGGCAGAGUCAUCUUGUUGGGGGUCAACUUUUAGGCUGUUGCAUGCCUUAAUCUCUGCUGGUAAAAUAAAACAUCCAUCCAAUUCAAAUGACCCUGCCCAAAGUACACUUAGAACCUGACACAAAUUUGCAUGAAAUGCAUGCUUAUGGGUAAAGCCUCACGUAAGGAAUCAUCCUGGGAGUUAGCACACUUAAUGCUUCAGGAAAGAAGAGAGCAAGGCCAUAAAAAUUCCAGUCAUGAUGGAGCAGUAGAAGACUGGUGUGCCUUGCAGCAAACAAGUCACUCCAGACCGUGUGGGCAGGAAAUUUAGCACUGGUGAUAAGCAAAGAAAUGCCAGAAAUUAUUAUUUCAGAAAGAAAGAGAGUUUGAGGAGUGAUAUAUUAAUCUAUGCAAAUGGUGCCAGGUGUGCAAAUGGCCAGGCUUGAACUCUGAUGAGACCCUUUCUGACGCAACAGAAAACAGUUUCAUUCUCAGUGUCCAGUAGUCCUUCACAAAUUUUUUACCUCCAGGAGCAGAGGCCUUCUGCCCCUGCUAUCCUUUAGGCACAUCUCCCACUCCAUCACAGGAAAGGCAGUGAACAGAGCCCUCCCAGCUGCUGUUUCAAUUUGUCUGACCUAAUAACAGAUACUUUUGAGGCAUGUGCCAGCACAUCUUUUUGCUUUUGGGGUUCUGGACAAUGGGUGUAAUUCUGUGCAGUUCUGUUCCUUUUCCAUACUACAGCCCUCUGUUUUACUAAUAUACAGUUCUAAAGGCAAGCAUCUCUCAAGGUCACUGGAGGAAUUAGAUCCUUAGCCUAGACUAAAUGUAGCAGGAAUUUUUUUUAGUAAUGAUUCCAUACAGCCCUGGCUUAGCUAUAGACACAGAUACACAAUCACAACCAGGCCAGGAGCAGGGAAUAGAAAAAACCCCAAAGCCCAAGUAGACAAGGUUUUUCCAGGUUCCCCCUCUAUGAAGACAUAUUUUGAAAUUUCAUAUCCUUAUGGAAUUAGACUCUCAUGGAAAGAGAUUUUAAGGACACGGGGCAAAAUUAAUGACAAUAUUAUUGCCUCAAGCAUAGUCCAUUGCUUUGGAGUCUCCAAAGUGAAGCUUUCCAGAAGUUUUUGAAACACUGAAUAAAAGAGGCAUUUAAGGGGAGUCCAGACUCUGAGCUGGAGCUGGGGUACCUGAAGGGUCCCAUCUGUAGAAGCAGGUCUGAGGGGGGCUCAGUAGUUAGUGGUGCCUAGAGAUUGAAGCAACAGAGAAGCCAGGCAGGAUCCCAGUACCAGCCAUGAGUAAAAGUCCUUCAGACUUUUUAUGGCCUCUCUAAUUUGCCCAUAGUCAAAUCUCCCCUAGCCCUUCUUCUUGGCGGGUCACCUGCCAGAUGGGCUUAGUAAUACAGAAAUCCCAAAAGGAUUGGUUUGGGGUGGUUUAGAUAGUCAAGUUUGGACCUGGCACAUCAGUAUGAUAGUACAGUCCCCUUCUCAGUGCUGGACAAAUGCCCACCAGCUCCAGCAGCCCCACUCAUCCUCCCACAUUUCUGACUGAAGGACAAACCCUUGCCUUUGGGGCCCUCUCCAGGUCCCCAAACUCAGAACAAGUUCAUCUGCCCUCUGGAUGUGCCUCUCCCUCCCUCCAUCUCCUGCAGCGAUGCAGUCCUUGAUUAGAGCACUUGGGGCUGACUGGGACAAACCCAGGCCCCAGAAUCCUGGGUUUGCAAAGAGUCCAUCACUGUCUCCAAAAAUUUCAUGAAGUGAAAGUGAUGCCUAUAUUUGUGGGGCUUCAGGUGCUAGGAGAGCUCAGAUGGCCACAGGAGAGCUCCCUCUCUCCCCAGUUCAGAAAGGGCUGCUCAGCCACGCUGGAUGACUAUUGUCUCUAUAUAUGUAUAACAAAGAGCUCCUCAUUGAUUUUUUUUUUAAUUUUUCAAAUUUAAAAAGGACACAUAAAGCAUAGCUAUUCCCAGCAAAAGAAGCCCAAACCCUGUGAAGGUUUACCCCAUGGAAGAACAGAGACCAGUGCUGUAUCGUAAGACACAACUGGUCCACUGCAGUGUCAGGAAAUGUGUCACUGCUUUUACCCAGACAUCAAAACCAGGAAGAAACAGUUGUCCUGGAAGUGCUGUCUGAUUCCAAAUUGUUCAAAUGAAAUGAAAAAAAAUGAAUGAGUGCACACUUUUGGCUAUGAACUGUAUAACUUAGUAAUUGAUCAGCAUCUUCAGUUGGAUAACAUUUAACACAUCACACACGACAAAAAAAGAUAGAGACCAAAGCUUAAGUAACCAUUUGACUCAGGUUUCCCCCUUUGUACUAUUUUGGAUGUCAACGGAGCUGAUAAAAGAAGAAAACACUAAAGAUAACAGCAGAGACCUCAUAUCCCAGCACUGUCCAGCAUCUGUCCCAGGCACAAGAUGCUGCAGAUGAAAUCCGGGCUGCUGACAGUAGAAAUGCCCCACCUAAUGGCUGAAUUUGUAAAGCAGGAUGCAGGCAAGCAGUGGCGAAAGCAGAUGAAAAAUAGUGCCAGGAAUAGUAGGAAAAUUUAGAGAAACAUUUCUUCUCUUAUUCCUGUGCCACUAUGGACACCAUCCAAAAGAAGUUUGUCUGGUUAAUCAGAGAAACCUGAGAAGUAACUGCUGGGAUCCUUACAGAUUUUGAGGCAGGGGGUUUCUCUGGAACACUAAAGUAAAUCUCUCUCACCUGAGAAGGGAGCACAGGGAUGUGUAUUAUCAGCAAAACAGUUUCAACUAUUGCACUCACUAUGUGGUUUCCAAAACGUAUUAGGUCCUGUGAGCUUUAUUUCUCCUUUUCAUUUCCAUAAACAUCUUUCUAUAGAAUUGAAACAUUUUUCACUCCUUCACGAGA